AUGGCCAAGUCGAGCUUGCUGUCAGCUGUUAUGCUGGUCGCCUUCCUGGGCUCCUCCCUCUCCUUCGUGGGCCUGCGCGCGGCGCCCCGCCAGGAGAGCCGCACGGCUCUGAGGGGACAAGCCGGUGCCUCCGCCACCCCAUGGACACCAGUCCUCACCCGCGACGUGGUGGAGAUCGAGUUCACUGCACCGGCACAGGGCGCUCGCUGCCGUUUCAUGAUCAAGGCUGAUGCAGAUGCCAGCGAGGUGCUUUCCGAGGGCCGCAAGAGGCUGGGCUUCAACCAGGAAUGGAUGCCGGACUCCGACUUCAAGAUCUACAACUCAGAGGAUGAGGAAGCCGGCCCUCUGAAGGGCAAGAUGAAGGACAACGGCCUCAUUGACUUCACCUACGAGGUCCACCUCUACUACGAGCCUCAGUGA